AUGUUUGCUAAUAAAAGUAGAUAUUUAUUUUGUGAAAGUACGAGUUCUCUGAUUAAGAGGUUAGCCUCUACUAAUAUCAAAAUACCUUCUUACAAAUUGGUUGUUAUUGGAGGAGGAACUGGUGGACUUGCAGUAUCAUCUACAUUGUCCAAAAUCCUUGGAAAAAAUGAAGUUGCAGUAAUCGAACCAUCCAAUUUUCAUUAUUAUCAACCAUUAUGGACAUUUGUUGGUGCAGGAAUUAAACCAUUUUCGGAUUCGGCUAAACCAACAGAACAAGUUAUGCCAUCUGAUGCUGUUUGGAUUAAAAAUAAAGUAACAGCAAUUGAACCUAAUGGUAAUUUAAUUACAUUACAAGAUGGUCAAAAAGUGAAAUAUGAUUACUUGGUUGUAGCUACAGGAAUACAAUGUAAUUGGGAUAAAAUUAAAGGACUUCCCGAAUCUCUCGGUAAAAAUGGAGUUACUAGUAAUUAUUCUGAAAAAACUGUUGAAAAGACGUGGGAAUUCAUUCGAGAAUUUAAAGGUGGAAAUGCAAUCUUUACUAUGCCAAACACCCCAAUCAAGUGUCCGGGAGCUGCUAUUAAAAUAGCGUACUUGGCAGAAGAUCAUUUUAAUAAGAAUCAUGUCAGAGGAAAAAGUAAUGUAAUUUAUAACACAGCAAUGGGAAAAAUAUUUAGUAUAGAAAAAUAUGCAAAAAGUCUUACAAGGGUCGCGAAAGACCGAGGAAUUGAAGUGAAUUUUUUAACAGAAUUAUCAGAAAUUCGUGGUGAUAAAAAAGAAGCCGUAUUUAAAAAGCCUGGCGGUAGCGAAGAAAAAACUUAUAAUUAUGAAUUUUUACACGUCGUUCCACCAAUGGGACCACCAACAUUUAUUGCUCAAUCGGGGAUAGGAAAUGCGGCAGGAUGGGUUGACGUCGAUCAAUAUACUUUACAACAUAAUAAAUAUCCGAAUAUAUUUUCAUUGGGAGAUAGUAGUUCUGCUCCUACAUCAAAAACCGCUGCCGCCAUUGCUGCUCAAAGUGGGAUUUUGAAAAACAAUCUAUUAGAUUAUAUAUCGGGUAAAUUUAAUUCUUCUAAUGCUGCCAGAUAUGAUGGUUACGCCAGUUGCCCCUUGAUGGUUGGAAAAGAUAAGUUAAUUUUAGCGGAAUUUAGUGGUUACACCGGUACGCCGAUGGAAACUUUCCCUGUUGAUCAAGGACAAGAAAGAACUUCUAUGUAUUGGUUAACUAAAGAGGUCAUUCCGGAUAUUUAUUGGAAUAGAUUAUUGAAAGGAACCUGGGUUGGUCCACAAAAAUAUCGUAACUGGUUCUCCUAUUUACCUCAAUAA